UCCCCCCUUUUUUCCUCCCAGUGUGUGAGGAGGAUGGAGCAGGAAAUCUGAACGGGGCAGCUGGAGCCUGCAGAGUUCCAGCAAAGGCUCUGUCGCAAGACCUCCUUCUUCUCUCCGGCCCUGCAGAGCAGACACUGCUUCGACCGUCCCAUCACACACACACUCUCACACACACACACACUCACACACACACACACACACACACCAUGAAGACCUGGGUCGUGCUCUGCCUGGCACUGCUUUGUCUGGAGCUCCACAGUGGCGACUGCCAACAACUGAAGCGGAGGAAAGACGCGGGAGAGAACCGCAUCCGGCCCGGCGGGAAGCGGGUGAAGCUGCGAGCCCCCAAACUCAAGGAUGCAGGGGUCAAAGGCCAGUCCCUGCUGACCCAGGUCCUGGACAAGGGCCGCUUCCUGCGCCUCGGCCAGAGCACGACUCUGACCCCGGGGAGGAACGUGGAGCUGCGCUGCAAGGGCGACAACAUCGGCUGGUCGUACCCGACCUACCUGGACACCUUCAACGACUCGCGCCUCAGCAUCAAGCAGAGCGACAAGUACAGUCAGCUGAUCCUGUCGUCGCCCUCGGCCGCCGACACCGGGCCCUACAGCUGCUGGGUGAUCACGUGCGACGGGACCGAGUGUGAGAGGGACCACGACCGCUCCUACGUCUCGUACAUCUAUUUCACAGACAAAGACAACCUCUUCGUCCCCUCUGCCAUCCACUUCGAGAUCGUGUACCUGCGCCCGGACGGCCCCGCCGUGGUGCCCUGCCGCGUGACCGACCCGCUGGCCAAGGUGACCCUGCACAGAGAGGUCCCGCCGGAGGAGAUCCCGGCCAACGGCACCCUGGUGACCUACGAGCCCACCAAGGGGUUCGUCCUGCAGAGCCCUAGUCCGGAGCACCAGGGGGUCCUGUACUGCAAGGCCGUGGCCAAGGGCACCCCUCAGAUCUCCACCAAGUACCAGCUUCUCUACGUGGAGGUUCCCAGCGGUCCGCCGUUUGUGAGCGUGCAGGCGUCUUCGGAGUCUGCGAGAGGAGGCGACGACCUCAACGUGACGUGCACCGUGCUGGGGGAGCCGGAGGUGGACGUGAGCUUCACGUGGUCUUAUCCCGGACAGGACCUUCGGCCCGUCCACGUGGUCACGUCCUGGCGGCUGGUCAACCGGGGUAUGGGCCACACCACGCGCCUCUCCCAGAGCGUCAUGACCUUGGAGGACAUGGAGACCAUCGACUUCGGACACUACGUGUGCAGAACCAAAAACCAGCACGGGGAGACGACCGUGAGCAUCAACGUCAUCUCCCAAUAGUCCCGACGAGCCCCGCGUCCCGCCGCGUUGGAUGUCGAGCGUUCCCCACCCCCCACCCCCACGUUGUUGAGAUGUAACUGAGACGCACCCAACGGUGAGACCAGAUGACGUCAAAUAUGUACUUAAGAAUGAUUGUAUUUUUACAAUGCAAAUGGUAAUAAUAAAGAUUUGCCAUGUA